AUGAAUUACAGAGCCCACGGAAUGGCCCCUUUAAAAGUUUACGUGGCGAGUGCAACUGCCAAUCCUGAGGUAAUAGUUUACUUACUUAACGAAUACCUUUAACCUACAAUAGUGAGUUGAGAAGAUGAAGAGCGAAUGCGUCUACGAUUCUCUCUAUUUGAAAAAAGUAUUUCAGACGAAAUAUCGGGUGCAAAGAACGUUAAUGAUACUUGACGGAUUAGGAAUUCCUUUUGAUGCCAUCGAUAUUACAAAGCCAGAACAUGCAGAAGAACGUGUGUUCAUGAGGGAAAAUGCUUCUAAAAAGGGAGCUAAUGGAUCUGUGCUUCCUCCUCAAUUUUUCUACAACGAUGAGUAUCUCGGAGUAUGUAUUUCAUUAUCUUACUUGAUCUAAAUUUAUCAGUAUUCUAGGAUUACGAAGAUUUCGACAUUUCCGUAGAAGCUGAUACUAUUACGGAAUUUUUGAGAUUACUACCAGACGUCAUUGUGAGUUUUGCUCUUCAACUUCAGAGUGCCUCAUUACAUAUUAAUUACUUUUACAGGGAAAACGCAUUCGUGUGAAUGAUGCUAACAAGUGUGUUGCUGAGUUGUUCAAAAAGACUCAUAAUAACGGUACUAACUUCUGUUUUCAAGUAAUGGGGUUAUUCAGGCUGUGAAAAAAUAAUUUUUUUCCGUUUUUUUACGUCAAAAAACCCAAUUCAGCGGUGUAAAAAAACGAAAAAAAAACGGAAAACAAACAUUCGCUGAAUAGCCCCAUAAACUAUCUUACAAGAUUUGAUUCUCUUUUAACAAGACGAUAACAUCUCAUCUGAUUUUUCAAAUAUCACCGCUUUUCGCCACCAGGUAGAUGUAUUAUAAUUAACAAGAUUUUUCGAAACUGACCCUCGACUCGAGGUCCUCGAGGCCCGCUCUGGCAAUUCGAUAUUAAUCUAAUUAGAAAGUUACUGAUCUAAACGCGACCUAAUUAUUUAGAUUCGACUGUUUUUUCUUUGCGCAAUCGAGAUUUGAGCCAGCAGACGGUUGGCGUGAAACUUGAUUUGAGCACUUAUUAAUCUAGCUAGAAGAUUUAUUAAUCUAGCUAGACAAUUUAUUAAUCUAAUUAGGUGUCAUAUCAAUCUUAUUAGGCCGCCGUUAGAUUAAUAACGAAAUGCCAGAGCGGUGCGUGCUCUGGGAACUCGAUCGCAAUCUAAUUAGAAAACGUUGCAAUCUAAUACGAACUCGUUUGAAAUAGAAUUGGAUUAAAAUAGAAUUUGCUUCAAUUAGAUUGCAAAAUCUUCUAAUUAGAUUGCAAUCACUGCAAUUUUUCUAAUUAGGUUGCAAUAUUUUCUAAUUAGAUUGCAAUAUUUUCUUAUUAGAUUGCAAUUCAGGAAAAAUAUAUUGUAAUCUAAUGCGAUUUUACUGGAACUUCAAUUAAAUCUGAUUAGAUUGCGAAAUAGAGCUUUUCCUUAUUAGAUUGCAAACUCUUCUAAUUAGAUUGCAAACUCUUCUAAUUAGAUUGCAAUCGAGUUUCCAGAGAAAUGAACAUUUAAAUUAUUAUCCGUUCUGAUGGAACUUUCCACAAUAUCUCCAAUACUUAUCACAAGCAGCGUUUUACAAAUGAAAGUGGCCGAACAAAAAAAAAGAAAGAAUGAAAUGAACAGACUUCGUCACUUGGCUUUUAAUGACGAUGGUGUUGAUGACAACAAAAACUUUACAGGAGUCAAAUGUCAACACUAACCCGGAAACUCAAGAAAAUAGUGCAAUUCAAGCGGCUAAACCCGAAGGAGAAGAAAAAACGGACGAGAACGAACUAGAGGGGGAGGAUGAAGAAUGGGAUGAAGAGGACGAAGAAUAUGACGAAGAAGCAGCAGAAAGCGGAAGAGACAAACAACAGUCGGAGAAGAAGUUAGAUGAGAUUGAAAAAGAAAAACCUACAACGGAAUCACCUGUAGCUGAGAAAGCAAACGAUGAUGAGGAACUUGAAGGCGAGGACGAAGAGUACGACGAUGAAGAUGAAGAGGAUGAAGGGAAAGAUGAAGGUAGCGCGGAAUAA